AACAACCCAACCGCACCCGUUCCAGAGCGCGAUCACACAACAGAGCGGUAACAGUUUCCCGGGCAGUUCCCGCCCCGGCCGGCGCCAUGGACUUCGUCUUCGUGGAGAAGCUCCUCGCGGGCCUCCUCGCGGCCGUGGUGGGCGCCAUCGUGGUGUCCAAGAUCCGGGGCCGCAAGCUGAGGCUGCCGCCGGGCCCCUUCCCGGUCCCCAUCUUCGGCAACUGGCUGCAGGUCGGCGACGACCUGAACCACCGCAACCUGGCGGCGAUGGCCCGCAAGUUCGGCGAGGUCUUCCUCCUCCGCAUGGGCCAGCGCAACCUGGUGGUGGUCUCCUCUCCGCCGCUCGCCCGCGAGGUGCUCCACACGCAGGGCGUGGAGUUCGGGUCCCGCACCCGCAACGUGGUGUUCGACAUCUUCACGGGCGAGGGCCAAGACAUGGUGUUCACCGUGUACGGUGACCACUGGCGCAAGAUGCGGCGCAUCAUGACGGUGCCCUUCUUCACCAACAAGGUGGUGCAGCAGUACCGGCCCGGGUGGGAGGCCGAGGCGGCCUUCGUCGUCGACAACGUCCGCGCCGACCCCAGGGCCGCCACCGAGGGCGUCGUGCUCCGCCGCCACCUGCAGCUCAUGAUGUACAACAACAUGUACCGCAUCAUGUUCGACCGGCGGUUCGAGAGCAUGGACGACCCGCUGUUCCUCCGGCUCCGGGCGCUCAACGGCGAGCGCAGCCGCCUCGCGCAAAGCUUCGAGUACAACUACGGCGACUUCAUCCCCAUCCUCCGCCCCUUCCUCCGCGGCUACCUCAGGCUCUGCAAGGAGGUCAAGGAGACCCGCCUCAAGCUCUUCAAGGAUUACUUCCUGGACGAGAGGAAGAAGCUGGUGAGCACCAAGGCCAUGGACAACAACGGUGGGCUCAAGUGCGCCAUUGAUCACAUCCUGGAGGCUGAGCAGAAGGGGGAGAUCAACGAGGACAACGUCCUCUACAUCAUCGAGAACAUCAACGUCGCAGCGAUCGAGACGACGCUGUGGUCGAUCGAGUGGGGGCUGGCGGAGCUGGUGAACCACCCGGAGAUCCAGCAGAAGCUUCGCGACGAAAUGGACGCGGUGCUGGGCGCGGGGCACCAGAUCACGGAGCCGGACACGCACAAGCUCCCCUACCUGCAGGCGGUGAUCAAGGAGACGCUCCGGCUGCGCAUGGCCAUCCCGCUGCUGGUGCCCCACAUGAACCUCCACGACGCCAAGCUCGCCGGCUACAACAUCCCCGCCGAGAGCAAGAUCCUCGUCAACGCCUGGUUCCUCGCCAACAACCCGGAGCAGUGGAAGCGGCCCGACGAGUUCCGGCCGGAGCGCUUCCUGGAGGAGGAGAAGCACGUGGAGGCCAACGGCAACGACUUCAGGUACCUGCCCUUCGGCGUCGGCCGCCGGAGCUGCCCCGGCAUCAUCCUCGCGCUGCCCAUCCUCGGCAUCACCAUCGGCCGCCUCGUCCAGAACUUCGUGCUCACGCCGCCGCCCGGCCAGGACAAGCUCGACACCACGGAGAAGGGCGGCCAGUUCAGCCUCCACAUCCUCAAGCACUCCACCAUCGUCGCCAAGCCCAGAGUGUUCUAGAGCAGCGACGUACGUGCUCUGGAGUUUGGACUUCCAGCAUUUUGGUUUGGUGGUGUUGUACUUUCACGAUUGUUCGCUCGUCCUAAGUAUACUUGAUUAUAGUAUCCGUCACAGAGUAGACACACGUUUCGUUAAUGUUAUCCGCAAGAAAACAGAGGAGCUGAAGAAAUGUCGAACGGGGAGGAAAAGACUGGACGAUUUCCGUCAGAUGUACUCCUGAUGCUGCCAUAAAUUAAAUCCUCAAAAUAUUGAUGAUUUUUUCACAAACGAAAUGAUCCUCCAUUUAUUUCUUGUA